CUUUCUACAUCCGGUAUGCUCGAACCUCUCACGAGCAGCGAAGGCAGACGAAGAAUGGAGAGAGCCGCUCGGCUGUUCUAGCUUGAGACAACAGCAACAACGGGCAGCACAGAAAACCUCCCCAUCACAGGCGGCGUUUUUUGUUGCGAAAAACGACAAGCUGUGCCCCGACUGUCUGGAUUUCCCACAGCGAAGGUCUUUCACCUUCUCCUUCCUGUGACAAAUGUCGAGGCCUAACAUCUCUUAGAGGUGAGGGUGAGGACAGGUCGGAGUGUCGGUCAGCUGCAUCAAGUUUUGUCCCAUGAGAGUGACUGUACCAUCCAGGCACCUCCAGUGACCAGGGCUGUGGCUGUGGUGGGCCCGGCCCAGGAGGCCUUUUUGUACAUCACUCCAGGCUCCUGCUGACCUGUGCUGCUCUCACCAUGGAUCAGCAAAGAGACAAGUAUGGCGACCGACAAAGGAGCACGAAAGUGUCCCAGGGAGGCCGCAGCGGACACCCGUCGCGGCCAUCUGGCUCCUCCAGCUCCUCUGGGGUUCUCAUGGUGGGACCAAAUUUUCGUGUGGGCAAGAAAAUCGGUUGUGGAAACUUUGGCGAAUUGAAGCUUGGAAAAAAUCUCUACACAAAUGAGUAUGUAGCUAUUAAACUGGAACCAGUGAAGUCGAGGGCACCACAGCUGCAUUUAGAGUACCGGUUCUACAAAACACUUGGAACUGCAGCAGAAGGUGUGCCUCAGGUGUUUUACUUUGGGCCCUGUGGGAAGUACAAUGCCAUGGUACUGGAGCUGCUUGGCCCAAGUCUAGAAGACCUCUUUGACCUGUGCGACCGGACCUUUUCACUGAAGACCGUGUUAAUGAUAGCAAUUCAGCUGAUUUCACGAAUGGAGUAUGUGCACUCUAAAAAUCUCAUCUAUAGAGAUGUAAAGCCUGAAAACUUUCUCAUUGGACGGCAAGGAAAUAAAAAGGAACACAUCAUUCACAUCAUUGACUUUGGCCUGGCCAAAGAGUACAUCGACCCCGAGACCAAAAAACACAUUCCCUACCGGGAGCACAAGAGCUUAACUGGUACUGCGCGAUAUAUGUCCAUCAAUACACACUUAGGCAAAGAGCAAAGUCGGCGAGAUGACCUGGAGGCUCUGGGCCACAUGUUCAUGUAUUUUCUUCGUGGGAGUCUACCUUGGCAAGGGCUAAAGGCUGACACACUGAAAGAACGAUACCAGAAGAUUGGAGACACAAAACGAAACACUCCCAUCGAGGUCCUCUGUGAGAACUUUCCAGAGGAGAUGGCCACCUACUUGCGAUAUGUGAGGCGGUUGGACUUCUUUGAAAAGCCAGACUAUGAAUAUUUGAGGACUUUGUUCACGGAACUGUUUGAGAGAAAAGGAUACACCUUUGACUACACCUACGACUGGGUUGGCAGGCAGAUUCCCACACCGGUGGGGUCUGUCCAUAUAGACUCUGGAGCAUCUGCAGUCACGAGAGAGAGCCAUCCUCACAGAGACCGACCCUCACAGCACCCACCAAUCAGAAACCAGACAGCAGCCUCAGAUCGACGAGGAGCAUGGGAGGUGCAGCCCGCACGCCAAGCAAACUCCUCCUAUCUGACCUCCCACCUGACAGCGGACAGGCACGGGGGCUCAGUGCAGGUGGUCAGUUCAACCAACGGGGAGCUUAAUGCAGACGAUCCGCUGGCUGUUCAUUCCAACGCCCCAAUUACAGCUCCGCCAGAGGAGCAUCCGCCCGACGAGGCCAACUGCGUGAAAAUGCUCAACCUGUGGUGUUGCUGUUUCUUCAAGCGGAAACGGAAGAAGAACACGCCACGGCAAAAAUGAUCACGCAGCACCAGCCUGAAACGUUCCAGCUGUUUGGCUCAGUCGAUUGUGAUUUUAUUCGAAAUCAGUAAGGUCCCGUUCAGAAUAGAAGAGGGAGUCAUCUGAGAGAUCUUGAUUGAAUUGUUCUCCGUUUUUUGGACAAGUUUAAAAACGGUUUGCUGAGAUGUACAAGAUGCUUGUGUCUUCUUGUGGGAUUUUUUUUUUUUUUUUGUUGUUGUCCUUUUUCUUCUUCUUCGCCCUCCACCCCUCUGUCAAGCUGUGCCGGGUUGUGUUGCAGGUCAGUCAGCCAAAUGGGGAAAAAACCUUUCUGAUGGAAUUUUGCAGAGGAUAAUCUUUUUUCCUUCCUCCCCCAAGACUCCCAACAUCAGUAUUUUGUUUUCUCUUUUUUUCUCCUGAAGAGGAAGAGAUGGCACCUCCUGUGGAAACUUGCUUCACUACGAUUCCUGCUUGACUCAUAAAAUCAUCAUCUUCAGUUCCUUUCUAAUCUCCUAAAUGCAUCCUGCCCUCAGUUUGCAAACUCAUUAUGACACAAAGCCCUUUAUGAUGAUUCCUGAUGUAGGAACUGAAUGUAACACAAGAAGAGCCAAGAGUGUAACCGCCUAUCGUCACAUACAGGCACAAAGAGCAUCAGUCUGCCAUUUGGCCUCUGCACGUUAUAUUUUUUGUUGUUGUUGUUUUCUUUUUCCCCCCGUCCUCCAAAGAGGUCAACUCUGGCACUGGGACCGGGGCCUGAGACAUCAGAAAACAGAGACGCCUCAUGUACAGUGUUCUCUGCUCAUGCUGCUUGGUUAAAGCGCUCCCCUUAACCUCGCUGCUGUCAAAACACACUACAGUCUCUUUGGACUCUCCUGCAGUUUUUGCUCCUACCCUUCGCUGAGCAGCAACAUGACACUUGUAGAUGCAGGGGGGUGGGAAAACAAAUGCUAUUUAUGCUAUUUAUCUCUCGGUUUCCACCAGUUUUUCCUACUAAUUCUUAAACAUACGCACUGAAUGUAUGGACAGUAAAAUAAAUGACUUUAAAGCAUUUAUAUAAUCUGUCACGUGCACGGGAAUGAAAUUGCAGUUGGGGAGCUGAGACCAAUGUUU